GCUGCUUGAUGUGUUCGCUUUGUGCAGUGUGCAUGAGUUAGAUCUGUCUCUAGUGUUUGAGCAUAUUGACCUUGAUUUAGCAUCCUACCUGAAGAACGUGCCCAAGUGUGGACUGCCCCGUGAAAAGAUUCAGGACUUGACGUGCCAGUUGCUGAGCGGUCUGGAUUUCCUGCACACCCACAUGGUAAUUCACCGGGAUCUGAAGCCGGAGAACAUUCUGAUCAGCAGCCGGGGACAGAUUAAAGUGGCGGACUUCGGCCUGGCGCGCCUCUACAUCUUCAACAUGGCGCUGACGCCCAAAGUCGUCACAUUGUGGUACAGAGCUCCGGAGGUGCUGCUUUACUCCAGCUACCACUCAUCUGUGGAUAUGUGGAGCGCUGGCUGUAUAUUUGCUGAACUGCACCUGCUCAGGCCAUUGCUUUGUGGCGAUUCAGAACUGCACCAGCUUAAGAAGAUAUUUCAGUUUAUCGGAGCCCCCCCACAAGAAGAAUGGCCUGAGAACAAUAUCUUAGAGCACAGCUCUUUCUGGAGCGAGACUGGGCCCCACACACAGAGUCCCAUUGCCAACAUGGACGAGCUGGGUCACGCCUCCAUUCAGAAUGCAGUCGUGCUGCUUCGCAAGGGCAAAUGCCUGUGUUUCAAGCUGACCGAGAGAGUCUCCGCAGCGGAAGCCCUGGCCCAUCCCUACUUCAGGAUUGAGGCAGCAAGCGAAGCUGCGGAUGUGUAACCUUGAAAAAAAAUAAAUAAAUGAAGGACAACUGCACUUCUGAACGGCAUGCAAUGACAGCCACACUGAACUGCACACGUUUAGCAGGUCGUUAUCAGCCAGUGGUUGCAACCUGAUC